CGCCCUCCCGCCAAGAUGGCGGCGCCCAGUAGCUGGGCUCUUCGGGGCUGCUUCGGCUGUGGGUGGUCGCGGCUGAUGCGGGUCUGCCCGCCCCUCCGGCUGGGCGGCUCCUGGCCCGGGGGCCCCCUGGGAGUGCGGCUCAUGUCCCAAGAGAAGCGGUCGGCGGAAACUCACUUCGGUUUCGAGACGGUGUCGGAGGAGGAGAAGGGGGACAAAGUCUACCAGGUGUUCGAAAGUGUGGCCAAGAAGUACGAUGUUAUGAACGACAUGAUGAGUCUCGGCAUCCAUCGAGUUUGGAAGGAUUUGCUGCUGUGGCGGAUGCACCCACUUCCUGGGACCCAGUUGCUCGAUGUUGCUGGUGGCACAGGUGACAUUGCAUUUCGAUUCCUCAGCUACAUUCAGGCGCAGCAGCAGAAGCAGCAGAAGAGGCAGUUAAGGGCCCAGCAGAACUUGUCCUGGGAAGAAAUUGCUCAAAAGUACCAGCAGGAAGAGGACCCCUUGGGCGGUUCCCGGGUGGUGGUGUGCGACAUCAACAAAGAGAUGCUCAGGAUUGGGAAGCAGAAAGCCUGCACCCAGGGAUACACAGCGGGGCUCGCGUGGGUCGUGGGCGAUGCCGAAGAGCUGCCCUUUGAUGACGACAAGUUUGACGUGUACAGCAUCGCCUUCGGGAUCCGGAACGUCACACAUAUUGAUCAGGCCCUCCAGGAGGCCCAUCGAGUCCUGAAGCCGGGAGGACGGUUUCUCUGUCUGGAGUUCAGCCAAGUGAACAAUCCCCUCAUCUCCAGGCUCUAUGAUCUGUACAGUUUCCAGGUCAUUCCUGUCCUGGGAGAGGUCAUCGCCGGAGACUGGAAGUCCUACCAAUACCUUGUAGAAAGUAUCCGGCAGUUCCCACCUCAGGAGGAGUUCAAAGAAAUGAUAGAAGAUGCUGGCUUUCAGAAGGUGACUUACGAAAGCCUCACAUCAGGCAUCGUGGCCAUUCAUUCCGGCUUCAAGCUGUGACUCCUUUUCGUUCUGAGGCAUGAGACACUCACAUCCUGUUAGAGGCCUGAACGAAGGUGACCAUCAGCAGAACAUCUCUUCGGGAUUUGUGGACGCCUAUUUUAAAAUGACCAGCCUCAAAGUGGAAGAUGGGGCCAGAGCGGUGGCACAGUGGGGAGGGCACAGGCCUUGCACGUGGACAACCCAGGUCCGAUCCCCAGCACCCCAUAUGGUCCCUCGAGCACUGCCAGGAGUGAUUCCUGAGUGCAGAGCCAGAAGUAAUCCCUGAGCAUCACCAAGUGUGACCCAAAAGCAAAAAAAAUGUGUAGAAGCACACUGGUCACUUUACUGCAGCUGUUAUUAGCAGCUGCUUUAAGCCUUCACCCACCACAUUUGGUGUCUUGUUUUUUGCUUACCUUCUCGUUUUUCUUGGCUGCAUAGUGUGCGGUUAAAAUCAAGCCAGAUCUUCAUUUUUAAAUCUAUUUGUAUCAUAUUUAAGUACUGAUGCUGCCUCCCAGAAUCAUUUUAACUCAGUGAAGAUUUGAACCCAAAAAUAUGUCCUGUGACUGAGUCAACCUUGCAGCCUGGGACUGUUACUUAGGCCAAGGCCCACGUCACAGGACUAAUGCUAGAAUUACGCCCUGGCCCACUAAGUGAGCCUACAGUGUGCCUGGUGUUUAUCAUUUUCUUCUUGGGGUGAGGGAAAUAUAUUUUAUCUUUUA